UUUUUCUGUGCACCCAAACGCGUCACGGGUGAGCCACACGUGUGGGGCGUGGCAUGGUAUAGGUCUAGUAAAGUAUAAGGAGAAGAGGCGCUUUGGCAUUGCCACUGACAUCAUUCAGAGCACCGGCGUAAGACGCAAAGCAUCAUAACGGGCUUUUUGUUUGACUUUUUUUUGUAAACCAAGGAAGCGGCUUCUUUCUUUCCUUCUAAAGAAGAGGUGCACUGGCUGCUGGAGGAGCGCUCUUCUUCACCAUCUCCUCUCCGGGGGUGUGUUUGCUUGUCGCCUUUAGCAUCCAGUCAAGGGCUGCUAACGCUAGCUUGAAAGGAACAAAAACUCUAGAAUUUUGUCGACCAGAGGCCCACAACAUCCUCUAAAAGCAGAACAACACGACUACGGGUGGAUAAGCCCAUCUGACGCACUGCUCGUGAAUUGGACCGGGCGGUGGACACCACGGCUUCCACCCAGACAGCAAACCAAAGCAGAGCUUUUGUGGAAUUUCACUGAAUUUUUACUGUGUACUUCCGAAAAUGGCUCAAAUGGAGGUGGCCGAUAUCGCCGUUGUGGCGCUGUACUUCAUCCUGGUGCUCGUAAUCGGCUUUUUUGCCAUGUGGAAAGCCAACCGCAGCACCGUGAGCGGCUACUUUCUGGCCGGACGCUCCAUGACGUGGAUAGUGAUUGGUGCAUCGCUCUUUGUGAGUAAUAUUGGCAGUGAACACUUCAUCGGGCUGGCUGGAUCGGGAGCGGCCAGCGGGUUUGCUGUGGGAGCGUGGGAGUUCAACGCCCUCCUGCUUCUGCAGCUGCUAGGCUGGGUCUUCAUCCCUGUCUACAUCCACUCGGGAGUCUUCACCAUGCCGGAGUACCUGUCCAAGCGCUACGGCGGAAACCGACUCAAGGUCUACUUUGCUUUCUUGUCCGUGCUCCUCUACAUUUUCACCAAGUUGUCUGUGGACUUGUAUGCCGGCGCACUCUUCAUCCAGGAGUCCCUUGGGUGGAACCUUUAUGUGUCCAUUGUCCUACUCAUUAGUAUGACUGCCCUGCUCACUGUCACUGGUGGACUGGUGGCUGUUUUGUACACAGAUGCCCUUCAGGCGGUGUUGAUGAUCGGUGGAGCCUUAACGUUAACCAUCAUCAGUCUUAUUAAAGUGGGUGGGCUAGAAGGUGUGAGGACUAAGUACAUGGAGGCCAUCCCCAAUGUCACCGCCAUUGUGGCUGCUGGGAACUACACCUAUUCUCCUUCCUGCCACAUCAAUCCCAAACCAAACUCCCUGCGCAUCCUUCGUGGCCCUUUGGAUGAAGACAUUCCUUGGCCCGGCUUUAUUCUAGGCCAAACCCCUGCCUCUAUCUGGUACUGGUGUGCCGACCAGGUGAUUGUUCAGAGAGUGCUCGCAGCAAAGAACAUUGCCCACGCUAAGUGCUCAACACUCAUGGCAGGGUUCCUCAAGAUCCUUCCCAUGUUUGUCAUUGUCAUCCCAGGCAUGAUCUCCCGUAUCUUAUUUGCAGAUGAGAUCGCUUGUAUCGGGCCCGAGCACUGCAUGGCUGUGUGCGGCUCUCAGGCCGGCUGCUCCAACAUCGCAUACCCUCGUCUGGUCAUGGCAGUGAUGCCCGUGGGACUCAGGGGUCUGAUGAUGGCAGUCAUGAUCGCUGCCCUGAUGAGUGAUCUGGACUCCAUCUUUAACAGCGCAAGCACUAUCUUCACUCUGGACAUCUACCAAACUGCUCGGAAGACUGCAUCCCAACGUGAACUGCUCCUCGUGGGCCGCAUGUUUGUGGUCUUCAUGGUGGUCAUCAGUAUCGCUUGGGUUCCUGUCAUCAUUGAGAUGCAAGGUGGCCAGACGUAUCUUUACAUCCAGGAGGUCGCUGGCUACCUCACGCCACCAAUCGCUGCCCUCUUCCUGCUUGGGGUCUUCUGGAAGCGCUGUAACGAGAAAGGGGCUUUCUGGGGAGGCAUGACUGGGUUCACUCUUGGUACCGUACGACUCAUCUUGGCUUUUAUUUACCGGCGGCCUCGUUGCGACCAGCCAGACACACGACCUUCAUUCAUCAUUAACAUCCACUACAUGUAUGUGGCGGCGAGUCUCUUCUGGAUCUCAGGCCUGGUGGCUGUGGUGGUCAGUCUACUCACGUCUCCGCCGGAUGAGGAGCAGGUCCGCACCACAACGGUGUGGGGGCUGCGCCACAUAGAAAAGGUGCCCAGCAAGGAUAGAGAGCAAACGUACAGACUGACAGAGAAGAGCCACUACAACGGUGACGGAAGCCUGCACAAAGAUUUACCCCCAGAUGUCAAAAAGGAGCGAUGUCUGGACGGAGCCGAUCUCAAACUGCUGGUCCCAUCCACAGACCACGACCCAGCAACUCCUAGCACUGAGGCGUCCCCUGCCACCACCCCAGCGGACAGAUUCGGCAAUGGGCAGCUGGAGACUGAUGAAGAACGUGGCGACAGCGGCAGCGAGACCAGCCGGUGCAUUCGUGCACUGGACUGGUUUUGCGGCUACAAGGAGUCGUCGCAGAACACUCAGCACAAAGUGUCCCAGGAGGAAGCGAGGGUUAUUGCAGAGAUGCUGCACGAGACCCCGCGAGUCAAACUCCUCCUCAACUUGGGCUUGCUGUUGGUCUGCUCCGUGGGCAUCUUCAUGUUUGUCUUUUUCUCACUGUAAUCAACCUUCUGAAUCAAAUAACUGGUGGGGGGGCUUUUAAGAAGGAAGGUGGACGAGAACGCAGGCGGUCGGGGGUGUCCUGUUACAAACAGAUGAAUUUAUAGCUUUGAGAAGCUCUGUAAUAUUUACAGUUGUCUUUUGUAGCUCUCUAACAGGGAUCUAAGCUUAUUCUAAUCAUUUUUUUUGGAAUGAUUAAAGCUUCCCCACCAACUAUGUACUCCUUUUUGAAGACUUUACUCGGCACUUGCCUGUUCAUUUUGUACAGCGCUCGUUGUUGUUAAUCCUGCACUCUGAAUAUCUACUGGGAUUUUUAGAAGUGAAUUUUAAUAUUUGCCUUAUUUGACAUAUGCACUUAUUUCUUUUUUGUUUUGUAUUGUGACAAACAUGUUCUGUGAUUAAUUUGUUCUUUCUGGGUUGACAGUGACUAUAAGCUUAGGUUCUGCUGUAGCAUUCAUACUUUUGUGGUAAGAGUAUUAGAGACCAGUCGGGGUGUAACGGUACAUGCAUUAGUCAUCAGACUUUUCGGUAUGGUACAGAGGAUUAUCCAGUUUCUACACAGACCACAUUGAGUGGGGGACAGGAAGUGUAACUGCAUCGCAAUGUGAAGAAAUACAGCGCAGCCUAGCCUUUGGCUAGCGAUAAUGCCAAGGAGAAGCCACAGUUUGAAAACGCUGUUGUGUCAUUAAAGUCUCCUGUUUAGGGAACACCUUGCCUUCCCAGUGAAAUACAUAAAGGAACGACGACAAGUGGAUAAAACCAAAGUGAUCGGGAACGAGGGCCUGCCAGUAGCUUGCAAUUUUUUCAUUUGAAAUAUAAUUUGUCCCCAUUAGAAAGUGGUUGGUAACCAAGUUAAUGAUCAGUCAUUGCUGAGACAAGGAGCAGAGUUAGGAUUGAAUGGCUCUGCUUCCUGCACGUCAUGCACGUUAACGUGUUCCAAUAAACAACCAUUACCAUUCAAAGGAAAAGUUUGUUUUUUUGACACGAAGUUGUAUGAUUUCACCCCCAUUUCACCCCAUGAACGGAGUUCUGGUCAGAUUUCGGUGCCUGUGUAUUGUUGUGUAUGUGUUCCACAGUGGAUGAAGAGACGCGGUCUUUAUCCGUGUAAACUUCAUGGAACACAAACACAACAAUGGACAGACGACAGCGCAGUGAGACGACGAGAGAUUGUGAGGUCUGAUUAUUUUCGAGGAGGCAUUUUUAUGAUGCAAAUGUAUUACUUUUCUGAAUGCAUAUUGUUUUGAGAAGCCACUCUUAAAUUUCCCCACCUACCAACUAACCGGAACGACGCUCCUCAUCACCGAAAUGUGAUGAAGUGGGGGGGGUAAGUCACUGUUGAUGCGCUACGCUGCUGAUGGGGAUGUCAUACAACUUCAUGUGAAAAAAUCCCAACCAUCCCUUUAAGCUGUUUACACAAAUGCCAAGCAGUUAUUUCGUACUCUUGACUAUACUGAAAAUGAAACUGAACCGAGGUACCGUGGUGGCGUCCCGUUAUACCCCGAAUGAUAAGGCCACCAAAGUUGUGUUGUCAAGCUUACGCUGCUUCGAGCUUCUAUUUGUAGGAGUGUUGCCCUUUUUGUAUUUCGGCCUGGAGGUUUCAGUUGGUCUAUUUCACAAACCAAUCCCAACCGAACCUCCUCUGUUUAGGGGACCAUGGUGAUGUUUGAUUCGCUCCUGAGUGCGAUCGCUAGACAGUUUUGAUGUCAUUUUCCCUCAUUAAAAUGGAAGGAAGCACAAAACUAGAAUUUGAGAAAUUGAACUUACAUCGUGUGGUACUUUCACCAUUUUACUGUUUGUGUUUGUGUUGUUCAUGAGCUGUGUUAUUAUUUUUCAUUGUGUGUUACAUUUGAAAAGCAACAAAGCGUUUUUUUAUGCACUGCUACAGCAUCAUAACAAAAAAAAAGUAUCAAUACUCAUGAGUCUAUCAUCUAUAUUUUAUGCAUAUCACGAGUGUUGCGUUAGAUGAGUUAUCAUGUCUGCUACAUAAUUCCUGGCUCCUAUCAUAUACCGAGUGAAUCAUAUACCGAGUGUAUCUACUGUGUCCUGAUGUACAUUCAACGCACUGCCGUGCUCCAGUAUCAUUUAAAGUGCAUCUUUUAUACCACCUUUUACCAAAUGUGUCUUAGUGUGACUUGCUAGACUGACAAAUAAGCUUCAAAAUAUAAAUAUAUAUAUAUAUACACUUAUAUAUAUAUAUAUGUAUAUAUAUGUUUUACAGACUUGUGUGCCGUGACAUUUCGUUAAAAGCCAUCUGAUUAAAUCUUAGCUUUGCCGUGUUUGUAGAUUUCCAUUUAGCUGCCUAUUAAUAAUAAAAGCACCAUUUUUUUUAAUCGGACCGGUUCAUUGUUUCCACGUGAGACAAGAAAAACAAAGAGUAACAAAGGAUCAUUCUGUUGUUUUUAUUGUGUUUUGUAACAGUGUUGGGUUGUUUUCUUCAUCAGCUAAUGCGGCGUGAAUGACUGGAGGAUUGAUUCUUAAACAGUUACGAUUGUUGUUAUGGGAAAGAGCUUUAAACAUUUUCAUUAGUUUUUGAGACAGAAGACAUUGUUAUUUUUAUGGAUUUAUUGGAAGAGAUUUGAAAUAAAGAAUUGUGGAAACGA